CCUCAAAACCACCAUCAUCAGGCACAAACAGCGUCCCUCGAUCGCCCCUCCUCCUUUACAUCCCUCCCUCUCUCUUCCUCUGUUCUGCAUUUUCCUCACUCACUCAGUCACUCAGUCAGAGGAACAUCAGAACAGACAGCUUCUCCGACACCCAGCUGUCGGACGCUGCUUCAUUUCACCACACACCAGCUCUGGGUGCAAACUCAGAAGGGGUGUUUGGGAAAUUGAAAGGCGUCCUAACAGGGCCAACAAGGACUCCAUCAUCUGAGAGCUCCAAGAAUGGGAAAAUCAGAGAGCCAAAUGGAUAUCAUGGAGAAAAGCACUAAACCGAGGAAGCAUCGCUGGACUGUGGUGGAGAUCGGACUGUCUGUCAUUGUUCUUCUGAUGAGCUGCGCUCUGGCUGGACUCAUAGUGCUCUACACUUCAGCUCUGAGAGAGCGUUUUAACAUAAAUGAUUCUUCAAAAGGGCUGAAAUAUCGAUCAAAAGCUGACAGCAAUGUCUGUACGACCCCACAGUGUGUCACUGCCGCGGCCCGACUGCUCCAGAACAUGGACCCCAGCGUGGAGCCGUGCCAGAACUUCUAUCAGUACGCAUGCGGAGGCUGGAUCGAGCGGCACGUCAUUCCAGAAACCAGCUCGCUCCACAGCGUAUUCAAUAUCCUGAGAGACGAGCUGGAAAUUGUGCUCAAGGGAGUUCUGGAGAUGGAAAGUAAGGAUGACAGAGAGGCCUUCAAGAAAGCCAAAACGCUCUACAGCUCAUGCAUGAACGAGAUUCUGAUAGAGCAGCGCGACUCGCAGCCUCUUCUCAGGCUCAUUGACAGUAUCGGCGACUGGCCCGUGGCCUCUGAGGUCUGGAACGGCACAUCAGAGCAAGCGUGGAGCCUGGAGGACACACUGGCUGUUCUGAACGCACGUUACAAUAAGAAGGCCGUGCUUGAGAUGUUUGUGUGGCCAGAUGAUCGCGACUCCAGCCGCCACAUUAUCCAUGUUGACCAACCAGCACUAGGAAUGCCUUCAAGAGAUUAUUACCUCAGUGAUGGGAACUAUAAGAAGGUGCGCGAGGCCUACCUGGAGUUCAUGGUUUCCAUGGCGAGGAUCGCACGAGAAGACAGGAACUUGACCCAGGAUGAAGAGCGAGUGUGGGAGGACAUGACUCAAGUGUUGGAGCUGGAGACAGACAUCGCUAACGCUACCUCACCUGCAGAAGAACGCAACGACAUCACCGUGCUCUACAACAAAAUGACACUGGGAGAAGUGCAGCAAGCUUUCAACCUCAAUGGCUUUAAUUGGACACGCUACAUCCAGGGUAUCAUGUCUAGCGUGUCAGUUGUGGUGCAACCCGAAGAACCCAUUGUUGUGUACUGCUCACCUUACCUGGAGAAGCUCCGUGAUGUUCUUUCCAAGCACAGUCACAGGACUCUGCAGAACUAUCUGGCAUGGAUGCUCAUCAUGGAGAGGGUCAGCAGUAUGAGCCGUCGCUUCAAAGACGUGAGAGCGCACUACAGAAAGGCUUUGCAUGGCACUACAGUGGAGGAGGCGAGGUGGAGAGACUGUGUCCGUUACGUCCAGGGCAACAUGGAGAACGCCGUCGGGGCCCUGUACGUCCGGGAAACCUUCUCUGGAAACAGCAAACGCAUGGUGGGUGAACUGAUCAAAAAGAUUCAGGAAGCUUAUGUGGAAACAUUGGAAGAAUUGAGCUGGAUGGAUGAACAAUCCAAGGAGAAGGCCAGAGAGAAGGCAAUGGCAAUAUCAGAACAAAUCGGUUAUCCCGACCACAUCCUUGAGGAGGAAAAUAAGAAACUGGACGAGGAAUACACACACCUUAAUUUCAGUGAGGAGAACUACUUUGAGAACAUUCUGGAAAAUCUGGCAGCAUCAGCCCAGAAAGGUCAUAAAAAGCUGAGGGAGCCUGUGGAUCCUGACAUGUGGAUUAUUGGUGCAGCUGUGGUCAACGCGUUCUACUCGCACAACAGAAACCAGAUUGUGUUUCCUGCUGGCAUCCUCCAGCCUCCGUUCUUCAGUGAAAAACAGCUGCAAGCUCUAAACUUUGGUGGAAUUGGGAUGGUUAUAGGACAUGAAAUCACUCAUGGAUUUGAUGACCACGGCCGGAAUUUUGACAAGGAUGGGAACAUGAACAAUUGGUGGAGCAACUACUCUGCGGAGCAGUUUGAGGAUCAAUCUAAAUGCAUGGUGGAACAGUACGGCAAAUUCAGCUGGAAACUUGCAGGAGGCCAAAAUGUCAGUGGCAUCACAACACUAGGAGAGAAUAUUGCUGAUAACGGUGGAGUUCGCCAAGCAUAUAAGGCGUAUAUAAAGUGGGUGGAGAGAGAGGGCGAGGAGCCCCAUCUUCCCGGACUGGAUAUGGAUCACAAACAGCUCUUCUUUCUGAACUUUGCCCAGGUCUGGUGUGGUGCCUGUCGCCCUGAGUAUGCCAUUCAGUCGAUCAAAACAGACCCACACAGCCCUCUGGAAUACAGGGUUCUAGGUUCCCUUCAGAACUUUGAGGCUUUUUCCGAAGCAUUUCAUUGUGCACGAGGAACUCCCAUGAACCCCGAGGAGAAAUGUCGAGUUUGGUAACCACUUCGGAGUUGCGGGAGUCUGUGUAUAUUUUACAAACGAGGCAGCGGUUAGGAGAGCUUGGAGAAUAUUAUGUUGUGCUGUUAUUCUGCAGUGGCAGCUGCCUGUCUGUUAGUCUGAUGUGACAGACAUGACCAAGGUGUUAGACACCUACAUGUGUGACUGCAUAGAUGUCUACUGUGAACUUUCAAAAGCGCACAUAUAACCAACAAGUGCAGGCGUCGUGAACGUGCACAGUGAGGGUGUUGUUUUUCUGAAAAAGAGGCAUGCUUUUUCAUCGUCUGUUUAUGAGACUUUUUAAGCAAGAUUUCGUCCUGUUUGCCUGUUUUUGUUGACACAUUAUUAGUUUUGGCACCGAAAAAUACAUGUAAACGUACUAGUUUCAUUGUAACGAGGGGGCUUAUUGACAUCAGAUUAUUUUUCCAGAUUAUGUAAACGGAUAAAUCCCUCGGUUGGCUUUUGAUUCUGUCGGCUCUCCAAGAAGAUAUCCGUUGUGCUUGAGCGAGCCCAAAAUUAGCCAACAACUGGAGGCUUGGAAGCCGAACGAGAUUGUGGUUUGAAUAGAACCCAGUCAAGGCAUCGUGUUUCGUUUCAUAAUAAGCAGCCUUGAAAUAUUUUGAUUAUUGUAUAAGAUUUUUUUUUCUAAAGCAUGCAGUGGUAAGAGGCAAAAGCGAGAGUCCUAUUGAGCGCUGUUUUCCCGAAAAUAAUCCUAAUGUAUGUCCUAGCUACACUACGUUUCACAGAAGAAUCUGUAUUUCUUUGAAAGCGAGGGCUUAACGUUACAUAAACGGCCCGUGUUGACAAUUACCUGACAACCUUAAGACUGUUAAAACCAUAUCGCUUUAAGCUUUAUGUGUUUUUGUCCAUAAAUAGAUCCUAUUCAUGUCUGCCUUGCAAUUACACUACAGACUUCUGUUAAAGCCAGCAGAUAAUGGCAGGAAGCCGCUGCAAUACUGGAACAAAAUAGUUACAACAGGUCAACGAGAACUCGAGACUGUAUAUUUGUUUCAUACAAGCUGUUCGUUCUGCCAGGGAGCGCUUCGGUACGUUGCUAUUGUUAACACUUACCUAUGGA